UGAUAAUUAAUCUGUCAAUGAUUUCAACAAUGUUUCUCAGGAAAUGUAAUCUGAAAUAUGAAACCAUUUUUUCUUUGGGUUGUAAUGAAGUAAUCCAACGUUGCAAUUUUAUCAUGUUAUAUACUUAAUUGGGCACCAGGAACUAUUGCGUCUCCCUGAUCAAUAAGAUUUAAAUCCAGAAGUUGCUUGAACGAGAACAGGCGUGAAAUAAAUUAGAAAAGGACAGAGGGGACAUGAAGGGGAAGCAUUUUGAAUUAAUUCAUUUUAAAGAUGUUAACUUUCUGAACUGAACAGCAGUGAGAUACUAGCUGACUGAUGUGAGACAAGCCCCUCCCUUCUCGGUGCACUUUAAACUCUUCACUCCAACAAAUAUUUGCCUUUUCCCAAACCAGUGUAAGUCCACUCAGUCUCGAGUCUGCGUCUCUGCUUCGGAACAAAUAAACUAAAAUAAAUCAAAAUGUCCAACAGCUACAGGCUCCUGGUGAAAAACGCCCAACAGGUGGUUCUGAUCUGCAGCGAUGGAGAGAAAUACCUGACGAAGCUCGGGAUGCAAAACCUGAGUGUCAUUGAAAACGGGAGCAUCGUAAUUGGGAGCGACGGGCUGAUUAAAGCCGUGGGACCAGCAGAAACCGUCAACGCUGAGUUUUCAGAGGCGACGUUUGAUAAAGUGAUCGAUGCUUCAGGGAUGUGCGUCCUGCCCGGUCUAGUUGAUGCUCACACUCAUCCAGUCUGGGCUGGAGACAGGGUGCACGAGUUUGCGAUGAAGCUGGCGGGCGCCACCUACAUGGACGUGCACCGGGCCGGCGGAGGGAUCCACUUCACGGUGGAGCGCACCCGGGCCGCCGCGGCCUCUGACCUCCUGACCUCGCUGAGCGGCAGGCUGGUCCGGAUGCUGCGAGCGGGCACCACCCUGGUGGAGUGUAAGAGCGGCUACGGCCUGGAGCUGCAGACGGAGCUCAAGAUGCUGCAGGUGAUCGAGGAGGCCCGACGCACGCUGCCCAUCAACAUCUCCUCCACCUACUGCGGAGCCCACGCUGUGCCCAAAGGGAAGACGGUGGCGGAGGCCACAGAGGACAUCCUGCAGGUGCAGCUGCCCCGGCUGAGAGAGCAGAUGUCUGCGGGGACUCUGCGAGUUGACAACAUCGACGUGUUCUGCGAGCGGGGCGUGUUCGACCUCGACUCGACCCGCUCCAUCCUGCAGGCGGGAAAAGAGCUGGGCCUCAACAUCAACUUCCACGGAGACGAGCUGCAUCCCAUGAACUCCGCGCAGUUGGGCGCAGAGCUCGGAGCAUUGGCCAUCAGUCACCUGGAGGAGGUCACGGAUGAAGGGAUAACGUCCAUGGCCGAAGCCAAAACUGCUGCGGUGCUUCUACCAACUACAGCCUACAUUCUACGGCUGCCUCAGCCUCGGGCCAGAGACAUGUUGGAAGCUGGAAUGAUCGUCGCCCUCGGCAGCGACUUCAACCCUAACGCCUACUGCUGCUCCAUGCCAAUCGUCAUGCACCUGGCCUGCGUCAACAUGAAGAUGUCCAUGCCCGAGGCGUUGGCGGCGGCCACCAUCAACGCGGCCUACGCCCUCGGCCGCGCCCACACACACGGCUCCCUGGAGGUCGGCAAACACGGCGACCUGCUGGUCCUCAACACCACGCGAUGGGAGCAUCUGAUCUACCAGCUGGGAGGACACCAGGAGCUCAUCCGCUACGUCGUCAUCAAGGGCGACGUCGUCCACGACAAUGACAAGACCUCGGACUUAUGAUCAAUGAGGAGACUGUCAAUCACACUAAGUCCAGGCUUCGUACUUCUUCCCCGCUCGGUGGAUCUGUUGGUAAAGCGUCAUGGAGAAGGCCAUGCCGAGGAGCUGGGGAGAAGACGAAAAGAAAAAGGCUUCACGUCAAAAAGGCAAGAGGACCUACCUGCUGCUGUUUUGGUGAAUUCACAAAUGAUGUAUCUGUAUGGUGCUGUAGAGUUUUCAGAGAUUACACUUUACCUGUAUGACCAGCACGCACAUGGCGAUGGUUCCCAGAAGGUGUUUGUUGUCAUCCAGCCACUCCUCUACUUUCUCAUAGCAACCCUGAAAACACACAACAACACCGGCAGUUAGCCAGUGUAAACUUGAUCAGUCUCAGGCUACGUCCUCAUUACUACGUAUUUGUUUUAAAGUGCAUCACUGCUGCUACGUUUCACGCCAGCCGUCCACACUACUCCGGAAGAGCGUUGUAGUAUGGAUGGGGCAGAAACGAUGACACGGUCAUCACCCGCAUCGCUUCCUGAUUGGUUGUUUGUGCAAGACAUUGUAAACGUGUUUACUUGUUUGUUCUUAAUCUGGUCAGAAGAACAUAACUGCACAAUCUAACAUUUCAACAAUAACGGCUUUGGUGCACUUGACAAGAAUCCGCUGUGAUAAAUGAUGAGAGACGAGUUCGAAAUUGUUAUACAAGAUUAUAUAAGCCACUUAUCACAAACUUAAAAAUGGUUUUAACUUUAACUGUUAAUGUCAAAUUAGAACCCUAAAAAGACAAAAACAAACAGGUAAAAUGUCUCUUGAUGCUAAAUCCAUUGCUCUAAAAUAACUUAGUUUGAAAACAGCAACUACUUAAGUCAAACAAGAGUGAUCAAUGCAUUUGUUCAGGACUAUUUUCAGCGGUGGAUGAAUAAAUAUUCUGUGUUAGUGAGUAUUUCAGGCAGCAGCAUGUUGUACAAGUGAACUCUUAAUAAACUCAAGUGUGUGCAA